AGGAGUGGGAGGUCCACCGAGGUCAGAACUCCUCGUUUUCAAAGCGUCCUCUCCAAUGAGCCCUGGAAAGGGAAGACAUUUCCAGUAAAUGGCAAGUCCAAAGUCUCGGUUUUGCAGCCUCCACUUGUGACAAAGUUCUACUUCUCGAGAGAUCUUGGCUUUAUGAGCCAUGCAGCGGGAGCUCCUGUUCAAAGUGUUGGUGAUCGGGGACCUGGGCGUCGGCAAGACGUCCAUCAUCAAGCGCUACGUGCACCACAUCUUCUCGCAGCACUACCGCGCCACCAUCGGCGUCGACUUCGCCCUCAAGGUGCUCCAGUGGGACCCGGACACCGUUGUGCGCCUGCAACUCUGGGACAUAGCAGGACAAGAGCGCUACGGCAACAUGACGCGCGUCUACUACCGGGAAGCAGUCGGCGCGCUGGUGGUCUUCGACAGCACGCGAGCGUCCACGUUUGACGCCGUGCUCAAGUGGAAGGACGACCUGGACUCCAAGGUGACACUGAACAACGGGAAGCCUGUUCCCGCGGUCCUCUUAGCUAACAAGGCCGAUCAAGCGACGUGCCAGCAGCUAAGACUGGACACCUUCUGCAGGGACAACGGCUUCGUCGGCUGGUUCCUGACCUCGGCCAAGGAAAACAGCAAUAUUGAAGAGGCCGCUCACUGCCUGGUGGAACACAUCGUGAGCAACGAGGAGACCCACCCAAUGGAGCGGGAGCCUCCCACCCUGGUGCUGUCGGCGUACCCCACCGCCACCAAGGAGCAGCUCAGCUGCUCGUCGUGUCCCAAGUGACCACUCCCGCUUGCCGGGCCAAUCAACGACAAGCAGGAAGUGGACGCCCAUCAGGGAUGACAGCAGAUUGCUUUAAAAAAAAAUAUAUAUAUAUAUAUAUAUAUUUAUCAUUCAAAUGAAUGCAUUUUAAUAUGGAAUGUCCCAACGUUAGUGUUAAGUUAUAUCAAAGUGUUGUUUUAUAAUGAGCGGGAUUAACUAUUAAACAUAAACUGUAUUAAUGGCAAGAUGAUUCUAUUGACUCAUAUGAAGGCGUGUUAAGCAUUGUGAUGCAACACACUGGUAACGGUUGACUGAAUGUGCCACACUGCUCAUGCAAUCCACUCGAUUCGACUUAUGCUGCGACCAUUGUUCUUCUUUUCGUUGAUGACUGCUGUGGAGGCACAGCCACCGGACCCUUUGUUAGGUACACUUGCACAAUCUCUUUAAGUCUCUCCGUAAGUUGCGCAGUUGAGCACAAGUGGACCCUGUUGCUG